CGUCGUUAUCUUUAUGUAGUUUAAGAACUGCUGUUAUCUGUUUAUUUCACAUUUGCUUGAUAUGUUAUCAAAUACCGAUAUUUUUAUAACGUAAGACUGGAAAUUGUGAUUACUUAUGUCCAAUAUUGAGCUUAAGCAAAAAAUGAUUGAGAGAAAUCCCGGUUGUGAAUUAGAUUUGGGCUGGUUAAAUAAUGUAAAUAUAAACCUGAAUGCAGUGAAUGCAGCAGUAACAGACCUUCUUAACUCAAGAGAACUAAAAAAUGAACAUAGAGCAGCGUGGUUAUUAAGAGCAAUUACUUGCAUUGACUUAACCACUUUAGCAGGGGAUGAUACCGCCAGUAACGUGUCGAGACUCUGCCUCAAGGCUGCAAAACCUUUACCUGAAGAUUUACUAAAUGAACUUGGGUUUGAAUAUGGUUCAGAUUGUCCAAUAAGAACAGCAGCAGUAUGUGUUUACCCAUCAAGAGUUGAAGAUGCAGUGAAGAUGUUAACAAAAUUAAAUCUUUUAGAUAAAAUUAACGUUGCUUCAGUGGCUACAGGCUUCCCCAGUGGACAAAUGCCUUUAAAAACUCGCCUUGAAGAAAUUAGAUAUGCUGUUGAGAAAGGCGCCACAGAGAUUGAUAUAGUUAUUGACCGAAGUUUGGUUCUCACAGGCCAGUGGGAACUGCUAUACCAAGAAAUUCAACAAAUGAAGGAAGCUUGUGGACCUAAGGCUCACAUGAAGGCGAUUUUAGCCACUGGAGAAUUAGGGACUUUGAAUAAUGUCUAUAAAGCGUCCCUUGUUGCAAUGAUGGCAGGUUCAGAUUUUAUAAAAACUUCAACUGGAAAAGAAAGUAUUAAUGCUACUCUAACUUUUGGUAUUGUAAUGAGCAGAGCCAUAAGGGAGUAUUAUGACAAGUUUAAUUACAAGGUGGGUUUAAAACCUGCUGGUGGCAUUAGAACUGGAAACGACGCUAUUUCUUGGUUGAUUAUGAUAAAAGAAAUUUUGGGAAAUGAAUGGUUGAACAACGAAUUGUUCCGUUUCGGAGCAUCGGGACUUUUGGGAGACAUUGAAUAUAAUUUAUUCAAGUAUGUCACUAAGUAUUACCCAGUUUCAUAUGAAUUUACUGUUGGGUGAUAUGGGGUAAUUAUUUUUUCUUUUUUAUUUUCUAAACUGUGUUAUAAAAAUAUUGUAAACAAUAAAAAAAAGGUCUGUGA